AUGGCACAAGCUGCUCUUGGUGAAAGUACCGCCGCGUCGAUUCAAUGCAACACUACCUUUUCACCGGGAACCCCCGGGGAUUGGACAAUUGCGGUCGUCUGUCAGCAGAAUGAAUCACCUCCUACCUUACUGGUGUUCCUUAUGCUCUUCACGUUCCGAUACACACGUCUUUUAGUCAACUCUGUCUCCUACCUAUGCUACUUGCCUACACCAAUUCCUUCGAAGCCAAGCUAUACAGCCAGAGAUGUCACGGUCAUCGUUCCUUCAGUCGAACCAUUUGGAAGGACGUUCGAGAAUAUCCUACAGCGAAUACUCAAGAACAGACCUGCUAGUGUUAUCGUGGCUGCGGCAGGACAUCAAAGGAAAUGGAAGCCCUUGGCAAAUUGUUUCUGCUACCGUGGUGUUUCUGUUGUCAGCGUACAAGCUCCUAGCAAGAGACGCCAGAUCUGUGAGGCACUCUCGAAGGUAAAGACACCACUUGUAGCACUUUGUGACGACUCUGUCCAAUGGCCGGUCACUUUCUUGCAACAUUCGCUUGCGCCAUUUGAGGAAACGCAGGUUGGAGCUGUAGCGACGAGGAAGCUUGGGAAACGCAAUGAUCAUGGAUGCUUUUCCUGGAAAGGCUUCUGGAAUUUCAUUGGAUGUGUAUACCUUGAGCGGCGUAAUUUUGAGCAUGCCGCAGUCAAUAACAUAGACGGGGGUGUUUCCACGCUCUCUGGACGAUCUUUCGUGGCCCGAACAGAGAUUCUUGCCGACCUCGCAUAUCAGAAGGCAUACUUGAACGAAUGUUUUGGCAAGUCCGGUCCUCUUAACGCAGGAGAGGAUAAAUUUACCACCACUUGGAUUAUGGACAAAGGCUGGAAUAUAAAGGUGCAGCACUCUGAAGAGGCAACCAUGGUCACAGAACUGGGCACUUACCCAAAGUAUUUGCGGCAAUCUCUUAGGUGGUCGCGCACUAGCUGGAGGAGCAAUCUUCGCCGCCUGUUCAUGGAGCCUCACAAGGUAAUCAAAAAGCCUUGGAGCUUCUAUGCCGUCCAUCUCCAGGGCUUAACCAAUUUUCCUCUUUUCUGGGACCUAGCUUUGAUUUUCACGCUCUGGGGCGGUCUGGAGAAGCUAGAGUCGCGCCGUCAAACCUCAGCUCUGGCUGUCCUGAUCGGCUGGACGGCCAUCUCCAAGCUUGUCAAACUCAUGCCACAUUUCCAAAGAUGUCCAGGUGAUAUCGUGUACUUUCCGGGAUAUCUCUUGUUUGUGUAUUACUGUACCUUUCAAAAAUUAUACACGCUCUUUACCUGCUACGACAUUUCUUGGGGGAGCAGAUCCGGCAUCGACAAUUUCACAGCGGAUCGAGCCAAGUAG